AUGAAUUACCUGGAAUUGUCUGCAGGCGCAGACUUUCAUACGCAUUUGAGGUCAAAUGAAAUGAUGAAGCAGAUAGUUCCAUCUAUUCAUCAUGGAGGAUGCUCUAUUGUAUACGUUAUGCCUAAUUUAAUGCCACCUAUUACAACAAUUGAUAUGUGCAUGAAUUACAAACGUGAAUUAGAGGCAUUAGAUAGUAAUACAACGUUUCUUAUGAGCCUUUAUCUUUGUCCAGAGAUUACACCGGUAGUUAUUGAACAAGCAAAAGCAGUAGGAAUUGUGGGUGUAAAGGCGUAUCCAAAAGGUGUAACAACAAAUUCAGAAUUUGGGAUUGAGAGUUAUGAACCGUAUUAUCCUACCCUUUCUGCAAUGGAAAAGCAUGGUCUUGUUUUGAAUAUCCAUGGAGAAGCUCACUAUUCUACUGAAAAAGAGGCUGUAACUGUUUUGACAGCUGAGCAAGCGUUUUUGCCAACGCUUCAUAAUUUGCAUGCUCGGUUUCCAAAGCUCAAAAUUGUUCUUGAACAUUGUACAACAGCAGCUGCUAUAGAAGCAGUCAAAAGCUGUGGAGAUAAUGUUGUAGGGACAAUUACAGCACAUCAUCUUUUUUUAACAAUUGAUGAUUGGGCAGGUAAUGCAUAUGCAUAUUGCAAACCUGUUGCAAAAUUGCCUUCUGAUAGGAAAGAACUUUUAAAUAUUGCUACAAGUGGGAACAAAAAGUUUUUUCUUGGAAGCGAUUCUGCACCUCAUCCACGAGCACACAAAAUAAACACUAAAAGAAUUGCUGCUGGAAUAUUUACUCAGCCAUAUCUUAUGAGUUACCUUGCAGAAGCAUUCGAAAGUAUAGGAAAGUUGGAUAAACUUGAAAAUUUUGCAUGUAUUUUUGGAAGAGAAUUUUAUAAUGUCAAAAAUGUUGGCAUGGAUAAAAAAAUUAUAUUGAAAAAACAACCAUUUCAAGUUCCUUCAGAAUUCGGCUCAGGAGACACUUCUGUAGUACCAUUUUUGGAAGGAAGUAUAUUAAAUUGGACUGUAACAUGGAAACAAUAA